GGUUCUCUGUCUCUCUCUCUCCCUCCUCUUUUUUCCCACUUCGAGCAAUAGACGGCACCCUGCGUUUUUCCUGUGUUUCCGGGGAAAGUUUCACAGAGAGGGACGCCAUUGGAGAUGCCUCGCCGACGCCCAAGACAGACGGAGAGAAAUGCACGAAACACGCGUAUGGACGCAGCCGUCGACGCCAUGGGUCGGUUAGGCUUUCCAGAGAGGAUGGUCCGCGAGUCUGUUCGAGAGCUACUCAAAGUUUAUGAUGACAAAUGGGACUUCAUUGAGGAUGAUGCGUAUAAUACGCUACUCGAAUUUAUUCUUGAGAAGCAGAAUGAAUGUGUGACUAAGGAGGUUGAAGCUUCAGCUAGCAGUAGAAAAGAUGGAGAGACCUCCACAAUGCUAAUGGCUGGGCCCUCUAGUGGAGUAGUGUUGUCUGAACAUGAAGCUGAAGCUGCUACGAAUGAUAUUGAGGCCGCUGAAUCUUCUUCAAAAGUGGAUGAGGCUCUCCCGCUAGCCUCUGCUUUGCCGACUCUUGAAAUUGAUUGCCCUCCAGAAGUUGAAGGACACAGAAGAGGCCACAAAGACGUCGGGCACGAUGAGGACUCUGGUGGAGGGAGACAGGCUCCUGCUUUAAUAAUCAAGAGAGAGAGCUCCGGUGCUAAGGAUAUCCUUCAAUCUUUUUCUACGAUGCUAGAUUGUCCACCAGGAUUUGAAGGAUACAGAAGAGGCUGCAAAGACGUCAGGGACGAUCACGACUCCAGUGGAGGGAGACAGGCUCCUGCUUUAACAAGCAAGAGAGAGAGCUCCGGUGCUGAGGAUAUCCUUCAAUCUGCUCUGCGCCUCUUGCCUACAAAUGGCUCUGCGCCUCAGGUUGUGGCGAAUGGUGCUCACCUAAGGCGCCGUAGACGCUACCACGGUUGGAUUGGCUGCGAAGAAGAGGAGGAGAUGGUGCAACUACCACCAGCCUUGCUGCCCGAAUUCUUAACUAACAACAGGAUGGAUAAGCAGAGUCCGGAGGGCCAGCGCAAGAGAAGGUGGGAUGCGAGGCCUUAGGAUUUGUAGUCAUUCUCCCUCUCUCCAUCUCCAUUCGAAACAUCCAUCAUUGAGACUAGCUACAGGUCAAAUUCGCUAGAUACUUCACUUAGAUGUUAUGCAGAAAGAAAUGAGAGGAUCAAACCCCUCUUGUUCAUAUGCUUGGAAACACAGAUAGAAUUUCGUGAUAGCAAUUCUGUUAUCGAGUUAGUAACUUUCUCGGUAAAUGCCCGGAACUGUAACUAAACCCCUAUCUAUUUCAUUACAAAUUGUAUGAGCAUAUCAGAUGUUGGAAAGCAACAGGGUCAUCCAGUAAUGGUGAAUACCAAAUAGGAAGAGGCUAGGAUUGAACUGUUUCCAAGAUUGGCUGUUGAAAUUGAG